AUGGAGAAAGGUAGCCGCGAGGAGCGAAUGCAGCUCUACGGCGGCGCCUUGUACUGGCACCUGGCCACCACAGUCACUGAAAAAUACAAGGAUGCGCAGCCGGACAUGCUGCGCGACAAGGACGUGUUGGAGGUGGCUUGCAUGCGUGGUGGAGGGGCGAGAUAUCUUUCCGAGAUCACUGGCCCGAAAAGGUACUUGGCCAUUGACCAUGUGCCGGAACACAUCGAGCAGUGUAGGCGGAAGUUCGGGGAAUGGCCCGGCCUCGAGUUCGAGGUCAUGGAUGCUCACGAGCUGGCAGAAAAACUACCAGCAGAUUCAUUCGACUUCGUGAUUUGCAUCCAGGCUGCAGCCUCCUUCGAGCAAAUCGAAGGGUUUGUGGAGGGCGUGGGGCACGUCUUGCGGAAAGGUGGAAGACUCCUCCUGGCAGACGCACUCACGAGAAGUGCCAACACCAAGCUCUUGGACUCCUUGGAGGAUCAUGGCUUCGAUGUUGAGCUGUCGAUGGACAUCAGCCGCCAUGUUCAUGCGGUGGGUGUUUGCGCAGUACCGACGGGGCUCUCCUAUGUGCACGUAGUGGCUCGCAAG